AAUUCGAAAGAAUCCUUAUUGAACAACACUACAAAAAUAUCUGAAAAUGGAAAGGAUUCAAAUUGUAAUUCUGAGAACACACUCGAAAUGAAAACUAUUAACAACCUGUAGGGAACAUGAUGAGCAAUAUUGGCGGAGAAAAAAUCAACUUGACAACCAUGCUUUACAACAUGUCUUGUGAAAAUAGAACCGUCUGCAAUAUAACAGAAGAUUACGUUAACAUCGAGGCUUUCUUAAAAUUCGAGAAUCUUGUACGUUACAUCAUACCGAUAAUUUUUGGAUUAAUAGUUAUCCUUGGAUUUGUGGGGAAUGUUUUAGUCAUAUUUGUUGUAUGGUCUUACAAACAAAUGCAAAAUACCACAAAUAUUCUGAUAGUAAGUCUGGCCGUAGCUGAUCUAUUUUUCAUCGUAUUUUGUGUCCCGUUCACUGCAGCCAACUACGCCAUGUCUUAUUGGCCCUUUGGCGCUGUUUGGUGCAAAAUUGUCCACUUUUUAAUACAUGUCUCUGCUUACGCCAGCGUAUGGACAUUGGUUUUGCUGUCUCUGGACAGAUACCUAGCUGUUGUUCAUCCAAUACCAUCCAUGCGCCUGCGCAACCGACGUAACACCUACCUACUGGUAUACAUGACAUGGACAUUCAUCUGCUGUGGUAAUGUCCCGAUAUUUCUGCAAUACGGUGUUGUUGAUUACCACUGGAUGGGAUUUCAGAGGUCAGCUUGUCUUAAUAUUGCGGGAUUGAAAAGUAAAUUAGUUUUAAAAAUAUUUUACGGGUGUUUUUUUGCAUUUGGCUACAUGAUUCCGUUAAUGCUGAUAUGUCUUAUGUACGGGUUCCUGUUAAAGCGUCUUUUAUACGGGGUAGUUCCGGGUGGAAGCCAGCGAGCCGACAGCCUAAAAGCCAAAAAGAGAGUAACCAAAAUGGUUGUCAUCGUUGUUCUCAUAUUCGCUUUGUGCUGGCUACCGAUUCAAGUGAUUUUUUUAGUUCAGUACUUAAAUACUGACUUUGAAGUCUCCAUAAUGUCCUCGGCCAUACAUAUGGCUGCCAACUGCUUAGCGUACAUGAACAGUUGUGUCAAUCCGAUUUUGUACGCUUUUCUGUCGGAAAACUUUAGACGAAGUUUCCGUCGUCUGCUAUGUUGUGUACCAGAAGGUCACAGCAAAUAUGACUACGAGAAAACUAAUUUCAGAGGAAUGGAGACAAAAGAUACUCUUCUUAAUAAUGGCAGUUCUAAAAGUAAAAGUGAAAAUGGCAAAGACAAAAACUGCAAUGUUGGAGAAGGAAUUGAACUGAAACCUCUUACUGAUUUAUAGCAUGCAUGUAUCUAACUGUAUCAUUGUUUCCGAAAAAGAAAUGUCAUGCAGAACUAAUCAAUUUUAUAAAUGACAAAGCAUGUACAUGGUUUGCAAGUAACUUGCCUGUAUGUAGUUCCAUUGCUAAAUGUUUGAGCGUGAGGGCGCAUAAAGUCGUUACAUUUUGUAUCUUGUAAAUUACUACAUGUACGUCAUCAAAUUAUUAUUAUGCUUUACUUGUAAUAAAUAAAAUUAUCGUAUAUAA